AUGAACUAGAAUUUUAAGUUUCCUCCAUAGCCACAAUAAAACAAUCAAUUUUAAAAUGGUAAUCCAACAAAUACAAAUGCUAGGCCUAUGUCUCGUGGAGAUCUUCAAACGAAUCGUAUUCAGCAGCAUUAGAUGUAGAAUGCAUUCGCUAUUUCAAAUGAUUCACAAUCAUUCUAACUACCAUCAAAUACGAAUAAUUCUGGUAAUAUGCAGCCUUAAUUCCAUUUUAUUGCAAAUCAAUAAAAGUUUUAUGCUUAAAUAUCUCCAGAUAAAGCACCAAUGUUGUUCAGUGAUAAGAGGCCAUUUACAUAGGGAAAUCAAGCAAACGGAGGAAGUGCCUAAACUAAUGAAAGAGCGAACACGGAAGAGGAAAAAAUCAGUAAAACCAAAAUCCGAUGCCCUAUAUUUAGAUUGCUUCUAAAACUCAUACAGGAAGUUUUCCAUUAACUUAAAUGUAGAUAGGACCGCAAGAACAGCACUAAUGUUAAUAUUAAUCAACAACCAUCAGCAACUUUGCAAAAUAUUCUUAAUCAGAAUAACAAUAAUCACUUAAAAGUCAGUAAAAUCAAACCAAAUAAAAAUAAUAUUAAAGAAAAGGAAUAACUCUAUGAGGAUGCCAUCAAAUUGAAGAUAUAGUCAAAUAAUUAUAGAGAGGAGAAUAUUAAACUUAAGACUAAAAUUAAGAUACUUGAAAAUGAAAUGUAAAAAAAGGAAAAAGCAAUGGAAGAAUUCUUAUAAAAGAUGUCGUUAAACCAACCAACCGCUCACUAAGCAUCUCUAUUUUACUCUCCUAUGACAAAUGUAAAACAUUAAAUUCCAUAAACUAUAACUGGGACAACUGGAGGUUUAGGCUCCGCUUCCGGAUCUAUCGGAGGCUAACCUGGAGUUAUUCCCCUGAAUAAUAAUUUUAUGGCCUCUACUUCUCAAAAGAUGCAGAAUGAAUCCUUUUUAGUAAUGUCCUUAAAAAAAUAGUUGAAGGACUCAAAACUUGAAACUUUGAAGAAGGAAGAAGAGCUUGAAUUACUAAAGAAAAAUAUUAAAACAACUUAGAAAACUGAAAUCGAAUCUGAACUUAAAGCCUAUCAAGAUGAACUUUAGAGAAUGAGAUUCUUAAUGGAAGAACUUAUGAGGGAGGGUCCUAAUCAUCCUAUAUACUAAAAGCAGGCAUUGGAUAAAAUUUAAAUUCUUGAGUCUUAGAGACAGCAAUAAGAUUAUCACAUAAAGUAACUUUAAUAAGAUAAUACAGAUCUUGCUAACCUUGUCAAACAGAGAGAUGAGGAAAUUUAAAAGAAAAAAGAUGAAAAAGAGAAGAAAACUGAAAUGAAAAAUGAAUUAGCUAAACUUAAAAAGAGUGUUAGAGAUAAAGAUAAAGACUUAAUCAAGUUAAGAACCGAAAUAAGCAGUCUUAAAAAAGUGUCUUAGAUAACAGCUUAGUCAACAGAAAAUUCUUCAAAUAUGACUGGAUAAAAUAUUAGCAGCAAUAAAGUUGAAGAGAAAAAAGAUACUACUGCAUUAGAGAAUCAGAUAAAAUAACUGCAAAAAAGACUUAGAGAUACUCAAGCUGAAAUUAAAGCAAAGAAAGAUAAAAUGGAUGAGCAAGAUUAAGUAAUUAAAAAGCUUCAAGAGAGAUUAUAAUAAAAAUUAGAUGAAAUAGCUAUUGAUCAAAAGAAAAUAAAGAUUCUCUCAGAAGAAUUAGAAAUAUAUAAAAAAGAAAAAGAGGAGAUUAAAAAACAAGAAUUGUAGAUAUAAGAUCUAAAGGAAAAAUUUAAGAAAGAUAUUGCUGUGUUAAUAGUAGAAUGUAAGCAUGAAGAAAUUAGUUAUGAAAGCCUGAUCUCAAAUAUCGAAAAGUGCAAGUUUUUAUUCUCUAAUAAACUUUACGAUUCAAUUAAAGAUUUAGAUAAAGAUACACUCAAGAAUUUGAUCCCAAUGUAUAGUUUAAUCACUGAGAAAUAAAAAGUAGAUUUAGAAAAUUAAGUUAAAGAAAAGAUUUCUAGAUGCAAAACAACUUUAAAAGAAGCAUGUGAAGUUGAAUAGAGCGACUUUUCUUAAAGUUAUAUUUAAUUCAACCAGUUUGAAGAAGCAUUACAAUCUAUUGACAUAAUUCUAAGUGAAGAUAUAUUAGAUUUUCUUAAAGUCAAGUACUAUGAGAGAAUUGGAGAGUCUUAAAUUGGAUUUGCAUUCAAAAAGCUAUUUGAAGAUUAAAAAUAAAAAAAAUAAAAGAAUAAUGUCCAAGUACUUGAAAGCUAAGUACCUGUAAAAGAUGAAAGUAAUAAGAGAUCCAGACCUACCACUGCGAAAAGUAAUCAUAGUCAGUCUUAGCUCUAAUAAAAAUCAACUCAUAGUUUAAAGCAGAUAAGAGAGGAUGAUGAGAAAGACUAUGAGGAAGACUAUGAGGAAGAUUUUGAAGAUGGAAAGAAAGAAGAAUAGAAGCCACAAAAUAUUUCAAAAGUUAGUACAAAAAGUAACAAAGUUGCAAAAAAAGAUGAAUCAGAUAAAGAGCCAACGAAACCAGAAAUCAAAAAAUCUAAUGAAACUUCUAAAGUAGAGAAAGAUGAUUUUUCAUCAGUUAAAAAGAAGAAAAGAUCUAGAUCUAAUGAUUAAAGCGAGAAAAAAGAAACAGAUGAAGGUGAUUCAGAAAAUGCAGAGGUAUAAAAAUUUAUGCAGGAAGAGGAGAUGCUAGAUAUUGCAGAGCAUUGCUUCAUUCGAGUUGCUGAAAUGCUGCUAGAAAGAAACAAGACAGCAAGAGCAAUUUUUACUAAAUACUCUGUACCCGAGUAAUUUCCAGAUGGAACUAUACUCGAAUUGAUGUCACCCAUAGCCUUUCUUGAGGCAGUGAAAGAAGCGGGAAUGGAAGAAUUAUCUGAAAUGGAAGCUGCUUGUCUCCUAAGAGUUCUUGCAAAACCAGAACUAGAUAAUGCUAUAAUUCUAAAUGAAUUCAUAAUGAUAAUGGAAAACUUUGGAGUAAUGGACGCUUACGAAGAUGAUGAUGACGAGGAUGACUACAUAAAAACAGAGGAUGAAACAGAUGGUGGAGAAUAAAGUAAAUCAAAGAUUUUAGAUAAUGAUAAGCAAGAGGAAAAGAAAGUAAAUGAUGGUAAAGAAGAUGAGGAAAAGAAAGAAAAGAUACUUAAACCUAAGAAGAAAAAGAAAAUACAGAUUAAUUUUGAUCUCUUAGAGGAAAAAGGUCUUAAAAUAUUAUAAAAGCUAGCCAGAUUUUUAUUGGAGAGAUAUCUUCAUCCAAGAGAAUUUUUUGGACCAGCUAUAUAUAAGUAGUUAGUAAAGACGAAGAAAAGAGAGAAUAAUGUUGAUAUCAUGCAAACUAAAGAUUUUUAUCUUAGACUUAAAAUUGCUGGUAUCAGAAAGACUGUAAAAGAAAUAGAUAAUCUGAAUAAAUUUCUUUGCCUUGAUGAAAAAUUCCCUCAUUUAAUGCAAGUUAAAAGAGUGAUUAAAGCAUUGGAAGAAGUUGCAUAAGGAGAACAACUCAAAUUGUAAGAAGAAAUGAUGAAGAAAUAAGAAGAGAUGAUGAGAAAUGGUGAGCUAGAAGCAUCACCAGGUAGAGAAAAACUUGAGACUGAUGAAGACGAGGGAGAUAUUGGAGAGGAUGAAAGAAAAAUGAAAAAAGCUAUGGCAGCUGCUUAAAAUAAGGACGGUAAAAAGUUUGGCAAUAAUCAAGAUUUGUUAAGAGAAGCAGGACUUGGUUCUGCUGGAUUGAUGCCCUAAUCAUAAUUAACAGGUGGACCAAGCAGCUAUGGAAUGAGUAAUUUAAGUGGAGGCUAUGAUUACGGAAUGAUGAGAGGAGGACCUCCUUCUAAAAUAGCAAUGCUUAUGGGAUUCAACCAUCUUAAUACAAUUGAGGAGGAAAAGCAUGAGACCUAAAACUCGAACUACUUCAGAGAUUUAGAGAGCGAGAGAGAUGAAUCUAAGUACCACAACAAUAGUAAUUUCCUUGCUAAAGGUUCAAGAAUUCUCGAUGAUGAAUAACUAUAUGAUUAAAAUUCAAGCAACAAGCCUUCUCCUUACUAGUAGAAAGGCAAAGAGAAUAACGGAGAAGAAGAGGAUGAUGAUUAUGAAGAAUAAGAGGAUAAAAAACAAUACAAUGAGGAUGAGCAAGAAUAUGAAGAAGAUGAGGAUGACGAAAUUCACGAGGAGAAACAUUCUGAUAGGCCAAAUUUCUAAUCCAAUAAUCAACUCAAAAACAUAUCUACACUCAAAGAUGAAGAAUUCAAGGAAGCAAGUCAAAGAAUUGACACGGAAAAUUUGGACAAAUCAAUCAAAGACAUGAAGAGCGUCCAGAGUCAUGAUGAAGAGGUUGAGGAUGAAUACGCUGAUCACCAAUAUCAAGAGGAGGAUCUUUAAGAUGAUAAUGCAGAUAUAAAGGACGAAUUAGUAAAAAGCAAUAGAAAAGUAGAAGAGGACUAGGAACAAGAGUAUGAAGAGGAAAGUGAUUAUGAGAUUUGA